GAAGCAACGAGAGGUGUGGCAAAUUACGACAGAGUCAGUAUUUCUGAAGUUUAUAAACAAAGUUUAUGUUAGAAUAAAUCACUUUGUAGUUUAUAUACCAACGAUAACAAACGAUCGACAUGUCCGCCGAUCAACAAGAAUAUCAUCGUGCGUCAAACGCGUUAGUUUUUGGUGGAAUCAUCGCAUAUAUUGCUGGUUUGUUAUUAGUAAUGGCAUUUACAAGCCCCUAUUGGAUCCAAUCGUAUCAAGAAACUUUCAGUAGUUUCAAGCAUAUGGGACUUUGGGAAUAUUGUUUUGAACAAUUUCAAUAUCCAUACUAUCAGUUUGACAAAAGAUUCGAUGGAUGUCAUCAUAUUUUUUCCGAAGAAUAUUACGUGAUCCGUGAGUGGCUGCUACCAGGAUGGUUAUUGGUAGUGCAAACAUUUGUCACGCUUGCUCUUCUAAUUUCAUUUUUUGCGCAAGCUGUGAUCGCGUUAACUUUAGUUCGUUGGCCCUUAAGAUUCGUAUUGAAUUUCGAAUGGGUCCUGUCUAUGUUUGCUUUUUUGUGUUGCGCGGUUACAGGUACUCUUUUAUUUUUGGCGGUAUCAAUAUUUGGAGGCCAAUGUUGGCGUAGAGACUGGUUAAUGUAUCCAAAUUUUAACCAUUUAUCUUGGUCGUAUGGUUUAGCAGUUAUCUCGUUUAUGUUCCAUUGGUUUGCUGCGUUUUUCUUGUAUUUAGAUGCCAAAGCAGGUUACAGGUUGCGCAGAGAAAAUCGUAAUUUAAUAAUGCAGAUGCAGCCUAAUCCGCAAACUCAUCAUGGGUUGCAAAGAGGAGGAUACAUAUAAUUCACUGUUACCACGUAACGUUCAAAAUAGUAUUCUACUAUGAAACAAAUUUGAACCAUUCAUAGUUAUAUAGUUUAACGAAUCAAAAUUUGAGUCUGUUUUCAAAGUUACUAGACGAGAUCGUCGCGUAAAUAAGUUUACGCGUAUAUGUUUUUAUCGAUAUUACUUAGCUCCGUCCAUUUUUUAUAGAAAUCUAUAUACAAUGACGUAAACGUUUCCAGAUAAUUAUUUUCCUAGUGUUGUCAAAAAUAACAAACUAGAAAAGGAAUUAUCUGAAAAGAUUUGCACGACACUGUACGUAAAGAUGUAGAGUAAGAGAGUAAAAAGAGUUGUUUAUACAUGUCAUUCUACGCGAAAUUGGACACUUUGGUAUAACCGAGGACUUUAUGUUCUUAAUUUUUUCAGAGUUUUAUUCCUACUCUAGCUAGUAAAUACGGGUACUCGUUUAAAACAAUUCGUGAGUUUUUAAUGGCAAAUAAAAAAAUAAAAAAUGUAUAGUCUCGAGUUUUCGAAUUGUUACUUUAACGAGUAUCCGGUUAUGCGUGGAAUGACUUAUAUUUAUAUUAUAAUUUUAUACGUGUAGUUACAAAUUGUUGUAACUAACAAUAAUUAUUAGAGAUCAACGAAUUCUUAUCAUGUUUGUAUCUAUUUGGAGCUUGUAUCUACAAGCUUGACAAAUCGUCGAAACGACAUUCCAAGCGUUUAAAAGAUCACGCACUUUUUUUUUAUUUGCGUAUCAACUAUUUUGUACUAUAUAGUAUUUUACUAUACUCGUAAUUAAUGCUGAGAUCAC